CCGGCAUUAUCAUCAUCAACAUUUCAACCGCAGCGACUUUUGCAUUUCCGAGACACACCUCUAGGCUCCUUCUCUCUUGAAAGUGAAGGACGCAAGUGAGGUAGAUUGAUAAAACUGAUUACAUUGUCCUGAUUUUAAUAUCAAGAUCCCGACUCUGACCGGGAUAUUGGAGUUCUUCUCUUUAUCUAUUUCAUCAACAUGUCGUCGGCCUCAGAUUCCCGCCCAGUCUCGCCUAUACCAGAGGCUGGUCAUGAUCCUCAGGAUACCGCGUUAGACUAUGAAGACAAAGACUCGCCGGCCCCUCCUCUAGCUGAUCCGCACCAAGACAUGGAUGCAGUCGAAGAUCAAGACCAAAAUGCCGUGGACGAUGCCCAGGACGACGCGCUCUCCGAUAAUGAGUCUGCUCUAUCUGAAGUUGACGAAGCGCAAUUUGAAGAUUUCGACCCCGCCAACAUUGCGAUCGAUGAUCGUCCCGCUAUUGCCGUUGACGAAAGCAACGUCGCUCUCUUGGGCCGACACAAGCGGAAGCGCGACGAUGGCUUAGACGGAGAAUCAGGAAAGAAGAAGAAAAAGGAGGGAAAGCGCGAGAAGAAGUCUCGUCAGCGAAGGGGCGAAGAUGACGGUUUCAGUGGUGGUGAAGAGGUUGAAGGCAAACGGUCCCGAAAGACCAAGGAGGUCAAGGAGCGUAAAGAGAGAGCUCGCGCGAGACGACCCAGCGUCGAGGAUGAAUCUGCACUUACUCCUGAAGAAAGACGGAAACGGGCUCUUGACAAGGCAAUGGACGAAGCGCUCCGAAACCCCAACCGCCGCAGACGCAAGGCCGAUGGAAUCGAUCUCGAAGCCAUGGCUGAUGCUGAAAUCGAAGACGUCCGCCGCCGCAUGGCCGAGGCGGCCAAGGCCGAUACCGACGCCCGUGACGCUGGCAGACCCGCCAUGCACAAGCUCAAGAUGCUUCCGGAAGUCGUGGCGUUGCUUAACCGCAACACGCUGCAGCACAACAUUGUGGACCCGGACGUAAACCUCCUCGAGGCGGUGCGAUUCUUCUUGGAGCCUCUCAACGACGGCAGUCUCCCGGCAUAUAAUAUCCAGCGCGACCUUUUUGCGGCCCUUGCCAAGCUGCCCAUUAACAAGGAUUCUCUCGUGGCAAGCGGCAUUGGAAAAGUUGUCCUGUUCUAUACCAAGAGCAAGAGACCUGAGCCGGGUAUCAAGCGUCAAGCGGAGCGUCUCCUGGGAGAAUGGACUCGACCUAUCCUGAAGCGCACUGAUGAUUAUCGAAAGAGAGAACGCGCCGAAGCGUCCUAUGAUCCUACCAAACUCCCCUCCCGCGCCGUCCCGCACAUUUCCCGCGAACAAAUCGCCGCCGAGGCUCGCCAGCGCAUGCUCGCUCCCGUGCGCAACACCAACAGAGCCCGCGCCGAGACCGGUACCACCACAUACACCAUUGCUCCUGUCAACGUUGGUCCUAUUCACAGCGCAUACGCCAGACCAAUGGGCGCCAGCGGGGAAGAUGCUUUCCGUCGCAUGAAGGCCCGACAAAUGGGCAAAGCCGGCGGUCGUCGUUAGACUCAUCUUUGCGGUACAUGCGAACUUUGUCCAUCCCGUACUCUUUCGUCUUAUGGCACUUCGUCCGUGGUCAGCGGUCCUAUGAUCCAUAGUCUGUCUCCUAUUGUCCGUUCGUUCACUACUACCGUUCUCAUCAUAUCAUAUCAUACCACCCCCUCCCUCAUUCAACCAUCUUUCUGUUUCAUUUAUUUCCAAAAAAAACAGACCACAGAUCCUUUCUAUCGGCGUUUGUAAUGGGCGUUACGCGGCGUCAGCCUUUUUGAGUUUUCGAGAAAAGCACAAGGCGGAGGAAAUGGAACGCAAUUCUCUUCCUUUUUUUCGUUUAUGACAAUGUCAUACCUGGGUGUUUCUUCAAGUCUUGCAAUUACAUUAAGUGUUAUCAAUCACAUCAAUUCCAUUACCUCCUCACGUCCAUUAGUACAUUAGUACAGC